AUGAGAAAUCUUAAGCAGCACGUCACGCAGGAAAACCUAACCGUAUCCAUGUCGAAUAAACGAUGUUGUUCAAGCUCUGGAGGAGUAGGAUACUUUUAUAUGAUCCCUGUUGAUCUCCUCAUGAACAAUAUCUUGUCAAGAUUGUCGGUGAAGUCUAUGGGAAAGUGUCGAUGCGUAUCAAAACUCUGGUCGUCCAUAAUUCGCCGUCCUAAUUACCAGUUGUUCCCACAGACGAUCAAGUACUCUCCGAAUGAUAUACCAAAGCUCCUUUUCGCCAUCAAUCUGAAAAAAAAAUUGUACUACUUCUCUUCACCUCAUCCAGCUGAGAAUGACAAGUCAUCUCUUGUAGCCACCCUUCUUCAUACUCACACAGUGGCUUUCUUUCGAUUCUGUGGCUCUAUAAGCGGACUAGUCUGUGGUCAGAGUUGGGGAAAGAAAUAUACAGUGGCUGUGAUUUCUAAUCCAGUCACAGGAGAAUCUGUAACCACACCAAAAGUGAACUUGAAAACGCAUGACAUUGAGUCAAAGGUAAAAUUUUAUUUUGGGUAUGAUCCAAUCGAAAAACAGUACAAGGUCUUGCGUGUAACUUGGUUAAUCUACGAGACGUUUUCUACUCGGCAUUAUGUUCUCACGUUAGAGGCUGGAAAUCCCAAAUGGAGAAAGAUCCAAUGCUGCAAUGCUUACCAUCCUCUGAUUGAUGAUGGGAUAUGCAUCAAUGGUGUUGUGUACUAUACAGCCAAGAUCAAUGCGAAAACGCGUAUGAUUGUUUGCUUUGAUGUUAGGUCUGAGAAAUUUAGUUUUAUGGACGUUCAUCCAGACUUGGCGACAAAGAUUCGUAAAGGUUGGGUAUUGACAGAUUACAAGGGUAAAUUAGGUGCUAUUAUUAUUGAUGAUGAUGAUCGUAUUGAGAUGUGGGUUUUAGAGGAAGCCAAGAAACAUAAAUGGUCAAAGCAAACCUACCAAUUAAAUCCGAGCCGUCAUUUUUCUGUUGGAGUGAGAGUGACCGGUGGAGGGAAAAUUUUGUUUUGCCGAGAGUUUUUAAGAGAAGAUCGUUUGGACAUUUUUUACUACGAUCCCGAGAGGGACAGCAUUGAAAGAGUUGAAAUUGCAGGGUUUGAGAUUCCAGGAUCUGAAGUUCUUGAUACUACUAUGUGUGCAGUUCACACGUUUCCACACUACAUAGAGGAUGUGAAGCUUAUUUGA